AUGGUUCCUCUUAGACGCUUUGCUGCAUUCUUAGCAUGUGCAUCCAUAGCUGUGGCACGUAAGGCUACGCUUGAGGAACGACAGAUCCCGAAAGAUUCUACUGGUGUGAUGACAAUAUCGUCUCCCUCGGGUGCCCAGAUUCGCUUCAAGCAGCCUGGCAAGGCCGGCGUCUGCGAGACAAUGGAGGGAGUCGAUGACUAUGCAGGUUACAUCAGCUUAAACGAGGAGACUAAUAUGUUCUUCUGGUUCUUUGAAGCUCGAGAAAAUCCUAGCAAGAAGCCAUUAACCUUGUGGCUGAACGGAGGCCCAGGAAGUGAUUCACUGAUUGGAUUAUUCCAAGAACAUGGACCUUGCAACGUAACGGAAGAUCUCAAGACCCAAUGGAACCCGUAUUCCUGGAACAAUGCAUCUAAUAUGCUCUAUUUGUCUCAGCCUGUAGGCGUUGGAUUUUCGUAUGAAACUACCUACACCGACUCAUCCGGGCGUUACUCGUUAGUCAAUCCCGACCGGGCGAAUACGACUGGUGCCGCUGCCAUUGGCGCGUGGGAAAUCUUGCAGGCAUUCUUAGAGUUGUCCCCUCAACUGGAUCCUGAUAUCCAAAACUACACAUUCAACCUCUGGACUGAGAGUUAUGGGGGCCAUUACGGGCCUGGCUUUUACAACUACUUUUAUCAGCAGAACGAAGCAAUUCUUAAUGGAUCUGUAGAUGGCUUCCCUUUGUCCAUGGGUGCGUUGGGCAUAAUCAAUGGCAUAAUUGACGAAGGCAUCCAGGCACCAUACUAUCCCGAAUUUGCAGUUAACAACACAUACGGGAUCAAAGCCGUCAAUGACACCAUUUAUACAUUUAUGAAGCAAUCUUAUUACAUGCCCGACGCCUGCAGGGACCAGAUUAAGUACUGCACAGACUCCGACCGCACGACUGAAGACGGCUACCUUACCUGCUCGCAAGCAACUAGCGUGUGCCGAAACCUCGUUGAGGGGCCGUAUUACGCAUUUGGGGGGAGAGGUGUUUACGACAUUAGGCAUCCCUACGACGACCCGACUCCGCCUGAUUAUUUCGUAGACUUUCUCAACCUUGCAAGCACACAGGAAGCCCUCGGUGUCAAUAUCAACUACACGUCGACCAACGCUCGCAAUGUCUCUCGUGGGUUUAGGCAAACCGGCGACUUUGUUUUUCCUAACUUCAAAGAGGAUUUAGAAGAGAUUCUCGGGUACGGUGUUCGCGUAGCACUCGUAUACGGAGAUGCAGAUUACAUAUGCAACUGGUUCGGUGGCGAGGCUGUCUCUCUCGCAGUCAACUACAGCCACGCCGAGGAAUUCCGUGCAGCGGGGUACAUGCCCUUCAUACUUGAUGGUGUGGAGUAUGGAGAGGUCCGGGAAUAUGGAAACUUCUCGUUCACGCGUAUCUACGAGGCCGGUCACGAAAUCCCGUAUUACCAGCCUGCGGCGAGCUUAGCGAUCUUCGAGAGGAUAUUGGAUAAUCUUGUUAUUGCAGAUGGAACUCAGAUUGUCACGGGAGAUUAUGCCACGAAUGGAUCUGCAAAGGCGACACAUACGGAGCCUUUUGUGCCUUUGCCGCCAACGAGUAUACCGAGCUCGACGGCAAGUGUAUGA